AUGAAUGGUCAAGUGAUGGCAUUACAAGGCCAAAAGUUCGGUGACUUAGAGUUGUAUGAAAUGAAUGGUCAAGUGAUGGCUGAACCGGUCAUCAAGUGUUGGAAUGCCAUCCAAUCGUUUGCCUUCAGAGAUGAUGACCUACUGGUGACAGCUUUCCCGAAGUCGGGCAUAACAUGGCUUCAAGAGAUCGUAUGGUUGAUCGCCAACGACCUCGACUUCAGUGGCGCUCAGAUGCAGUCAAUUAGCGAUCGGUUCCCGUACUUGGAGUUCCCGACGCCUGGAAUCAAAACCAUUGGACGACUGAAGAGUCCGCGUCUCAUAAAAACUCAUUUAAUGCCGACUUUGCUCUUCGAUGACAAACACGAGGACAACAGUGAUUGCAUUCAUUGCAAGAAAACGGUGCCAAAGAUGGUCACAAUCUUCAGAAACCCCAAAGACUUAAUCGUUUCUUACUAUCAUUUUUGUCGUAUGAAUAAAAUGAUUGGAUAUAAAGAAGACUUUAACCACUUCUUCGAGUGCUUUAUGAAAGGCUCUCUGCCUUACGGCCCCUUUUGGAGCCAUUAUUUGGAUGUUUUGCAGUGGAAUGACAGCCAUUCGGAAGACCACAAGAUUUUAGUCAUUCAUUUUGAGGAUCUGAAGAGAGAUUUUACGAAUCAAAUCAACAGAAUCUUGGUCACGGCCUCAAUGAACUGCCGGUUAGUCCAGUCGUCGCCCAUUAAGCUCUUCAUGGAGUCAUCACUGGUUUCAGGAGAGAGUUCUGUCAACGAAUCCGCACUCGAAAGAGACAAUUGGCUCUUAUUCUUAAUAAUACUCAUUUGA